UGUUUUAAAAAAAAAAUUGUAUAACCAAAUCAGCGCUCCCUCCAAAAACUGACACACACACUUCACAAUUAUCAUCGGGAAAGCAAAUGCUCAAAAAUUAAUUACUUCGCUCUUUUACUCCGAUGUACUUCUCUACAAUGUAGCUCGUCGGAGAAUGGCCAAGUGUCACCGGAGCAACGUUAAUUCACUAGUUCUCGAUCAACAACACCCUGCCAAGAAUACCACCGCCGGCAACCUACGACUAUCCGCCUCCUCGUUCCGCCGCAUUAUUUUCGACGCCGUAAGCUGCGGCGGCACUUCUCGGCACCGACAAUGCCACCGCGACGAAGACGAAAACGACGUUAGCUCCACCGCCUCGAAGGCAAGCUUGGCACCCGAUUGCCACAAAGAAAAGCGGCAAGUGCGAGAAGAGAAGUCAGAGAAGAGGCUAACGAAUCUUCUGAACGUAGCGGUAAAUGAAACGGAGACGGAGUCAAAGAAGAAGGAAGAGACAUCGACGGAGCUGAAGCAAGUAGUAAUGGAGUUGCGCGGAGAUGACUCGACGAAACGGCGAAUGGCGGCGGCGAGAGUAAGGUCACUGACGAAAGAAAAUUCCGAUGCGAGAAGCACACUCGCAAUUCUCGGAGCAAUUCCUCCACUCGUUGGAAUGCUCGAUUCAGAAGAAUUUCAUUCUCAGAUCGAUUCGCUUUACGCGUUACUCAAUCUCGGAAUCGGAAACGAAGCAAAUAAAGCAGCGAUUGUGAAAGUUGGUGCUGUUCACAAGAUGGUGAAGCUCAUUGAAUCACCGUGUGUUGUUGCAGAUUCAUUUGUAUCUGAAGCAAUUGUUGCGAAUUUCCUUGGAUUGAGUGCUUUGGAUUCUAACAAAUCAAUAGUUGGAUCCUCUGGUGCAAUACCUUUCCUAAUUAGAACCCUAAAAAAUUUAGAUAAUAGUAGCAAAAGUAGUUUCCAAGUUAAACAAGAUGCUCUCAAGGCUCUGUACAAUCUUUCAAUCAAUCAUACCAACAUUUCAUUCAUUUUGGAAACCGAUUUGGUCUUGUUUCUGAUAAACUCAAUAGGAGAUAUGGAAGUGAGUGAGAGAAUCCUUUCAAUUUUGAGCAAUUUGGUGUCAACUCCAGAAGGCAGAAAAGCUAUUAGUGCUGUUAGGGGUUCAAUCAUUGUUUUGAUUGAUGUAUUGAAUUGGACAGAUUCACCUGAAUGCCAAGAGAGGGUUUCAUACAUUUUGAUGAUUAUGGCACACAAAGCUUAUGCUGAUAGGCAAGCCAUGAUCGAGGCAGGGAUAGUAUCGUCAUUGCUUGAAUUGACGCUUUUGGGUACUGCCUUGGCGCAGAAAAGGGCAUCAAGGAUAUUGGAAUGUUUAAGGAUAGACAAAGGGAAACAGGUUUCUGGGAGCUGUGGUGGUGGUGGAAACUUAGGUUCAACUGUGUCUGCACCUAUUUGUGGUGCCUCUUCAUCUUCUUUCGUGAAGAUGGAUGGAGGCGGUAAAGAGUAUUUAAUGGACGAACUGAACAUGAUGAGUGAGGAAAAGAAAGCAGUUAACCAAUUAGUCCAGCAGAGUUUGCAGAACAACAUGAUGAAAAUUGUCAAGAGGGCUAAUUUGCGUCAAGAUUUCGUUCAUUGGGAGCGUUUUGCUUCGCUCACUUCAAGUUCGACAUCAAAGAGCCUGCCAUUUUGAAGAAUUGUAGCUGAUGAAUAGGAGAGUCAAAAUAUGAUCCAUUAAGUUGAUUUUUUUUUUAAACAGCCAAUAUUAGUAUUGUGUUGGGAUUGGGGAUCGACCCUCAAUCUCCAUUAAGUUAAUUAGCCUCACAUCAUACCUACAUUGAGUUUUUGGUCUUGUAACUGUUUCACUAGCACUAUUGUAAUAGUAAUUAAUAAAUUAUUAUGCAAGUAAUUUUAGUUUUUUGAUUAACAAGUAA